GUUGUUUACCAAACAUGUCAGGCGGAAUGGCAGACGAGAGAGAAAGAGCUGUUUACAUGAAGUUAGAGGCACUCAAGGACAUCAGGUCCAAGGUAGUCGCCGUGGAGCGGCUGCGGGGACGGCUUGCCCAAGAGGUGGAGGUGGUUCAGGCUGAGGAGGCCAGUCUGGCUGAAUACCGGUCAGAGAUGGAGUUGCUACUGCAGGAGAAGAUGGCGCAUGUGGAGGAGCUGAGGCAGAUUCAUGCAGAUAUCAAUGCGAUGGAGAGUAUCAUCAAGUCAGCCGAGGACCUUCGCAACAAGAGCCUAGAGCAUGCGAGGCGUUUGUAUGACGAGUACCUCCCCCUCAAGCAGGAAGUUAACCGCAUCGCCACGCAGCAGCUAGGCCAUGAUCUCAAUCUCCCUAAUCUGUCUCCAGAGGACGACCCAGUGCCAAGCGACCUCUUGGCCAACAGCUUUUUCGAGAAGGCUGGGCUAGAAUGGAGCAUGGAGCACGAUGAUCUUCGCAGCGCAGGCGGACUGGGCCUCUCCUCCCUGGGGCCUCUAGGGGCUCCGCCGUCCUUCCUCUCCCCCCAAGCACCCCCUCUGGCACCCCUCAGAGCUACCCCCCACAAGGCCGACCAGCGACCCCUUCCUCCCCCACCCGGUCCCCCAACUCCGGCGUUCAGACAACAGCCGCCCCCAAUGAAAUCGUGCCUCAGUUGCCACCAGCAGAUUCACCGCAAUGCACCCAUCUGUCCUCUUUGCAAGGCCAAGUCGCGCUCACGUAACCCUAAGAAGCCCAAGAAGAAGGAUUAAGUCCGCAGGGCACGGUCGAAACAGACGAGGUGUCAGUUUGUUAGUCGUUCCAGGCGUACCCUUCAUUUUGUGUUCUUUUUGUUUUCUGGCUCUUUUUUUUUUAAUUCUUAAUAACAACCUGCGGUAUAUUUUGGGAUAUUCGUUCAUUGUCAGAUGUGAUGUGGUCAUAUCUCUUUGUUGUAGGAAUCUCUUCAUUAUUUCUGUCUGUCUUCCUCCUCUAGUGGAUCUGUUGUGCAAUUUUCCUAGAUUUUUUUUAAAUCUUCAUAAAAUAUAACAAACUCUGUAUUGAAAGAGAUCAUUUUGCAGUGAAAUUGGAAAAUUGGACAUAAAAUUGUAGUAUUAAUAGAUGGUAUUUUUAAAGUAUAUUUUACUUUCAAAGGAUUUAAAAGAUUAUAAUAAUUGAAAAAAAAAAAUCUCUCAUUUAGUAUUUUUAAAAGUGAUAAUAAGAAAAAAAAAGGGAUUUCAUUAUAGGCAUUUAAAAUAAGCGAUGUGUUGAUCACGUUUUUCCCAAGAAUAACUCGAAUCUCACUGCAAAAGCAAACAACGUGACACUUUAAGUCAAUUUGAAACUUUUGUUCAAACCACUCCAUAUAAGAAAAAGCUACCUCUGUGGUUAAUUAAGUGAGGAAACAUGUCACUGUGUGGAUGGGUGUUUUUACUGGCUUUUCUAGAAUGUGUGCAUAAGUGUUAGGGAUUAGAUAAUUUAGUAGGCUGCAGUGGAAUUUUUUUUUCUCCCCUUGAAUAAAUACAUUAUGCUGUAUUCUCAGAAUGUUCCUAAGAAUUUUUUUUUUCUUUGUCUGUAGUGCCAAAUGUAUAUAUUAAGGAACAAGGUAAGUGUAUGUUGUCAAAACCCUGUAAUGUCAGCUGUGUACUUAUCCUCAGAAGCGAAUCAGAAUGCAAGGAGUUUGUGUACGUGCGUGCGUGAUGGCGUAUAUUUUUGUGUGUACCUAGUAUGUACAUUUACACGUAUACCACAUGUUUGUAUAUGUGUGUCAGAGCUUGUACUUGUAAGUUUUUGUGUGUUUUUUUUAUGUAAAUCUUCUUGGCAGCUAGCAGUCAUGUUUAAGUUGUGAAAUGCAAUAAUCUCAUGUCAAUUGCUCUUAAUUUAGAUUCUUUGUGUUAUUAGAAAUGUAAUAGUACUGAACUUACAAUUUGAAUACAUUUAACGUAUGCAGAUAUUUAAGCCAAAGUAAAGUUGACUUUUUAUGUUUUUUUUUUUUUUUAAUACAAAGGUAUGUUGGCCAAUUUUUAUUGUAUUUAUUUAUAUAGUAUAUAUUUCUUUGGUGCAGCUUAACACUCAAUAACAGGAUACUCAUUUAAUUCCUUGUAUGUCUUGUUUGCUUACUCUUGAUAUUUCAACAAUUGAAGAUCUAUUAUUGAAAAUAAGUGGGCAUUCAUUGUCAGUUCAUUGAAUUGACUUUUUUUUCAGUAGGAAGUAUUGAAAAUAUAAGUAAAAAAGUGAUUUCCGACAUAAAUAAUGUGGGUAAUAUAUGAGUGGUAUUCAUGUUAGAAAUAGUGACAUCCCAGUAUAAAAGAUCAAUUUUCCUGGGAGAAAAUGUGUGUGUGUGUGUGUGUUUGUGUGUGCAUGUGCAUACAGUGUGUGAGUGAGGAAGUGUAUGUAUCUUGUAUUUUUCACAUGUUACACAACACAGUAAGUCAUUGUUGAGAGUUGGUAGUCAAUGACAAACUAAAAUUAGGAUUUUUUUAUAUGUAUUUAUUUUUUCAAUAUGCUGUAAUCCGCUUUCUAUGUAACUGUUAAUCAAUCAAAGAUGGGAUCAGUUGAUAUUGUUUUGAUGUAAUGAUUGUGUGAUGGAUCAUGAUCUGCAUAUUUUUCAUUACCUUUCUGUAGUAGCAGCGAUUUUUUGUAUUGAUUGUUGGCACAGACAUUUUUAUAAGAAUGUCAUUGGUAACUUUUACAAUUUGUACUUCAGUCUUGAUGGUCAUUAAAAAUACUGUGUACUUA